AUGGGGCGGCAGUCGUUAGAGCCUGCUCUGGCGGAGGCCGCUUCCUGUCCGCUACCUACGACUGACCUGGACCUGGACAUGGACACCGAGACUGGCCACGCUCCUACUGCGUCGGCAAGCCGUUAUGCGGACCCGGCUUCGGCUGGCGAGGCGAGUGGUGCGGCGGGCACGUCCCGCCCGCCACCUACGGCGAAUCGGCGUACGAAGAGCGGCGCCAAGAGGACGAGAUGGCGCGUUCUGACUACCAGCGAUGGCCUGCCGUCGCUGACCGUAGCGCGUAUCUCGGACGUGGGAGGGCCGCAAACGUCCUCACCCACCUCCACCGAGACUUCAGAAGCCGCUGCCGGACGACCUGUGGCCGACACCAGCAACGGCGCCCCGAGCGACCGUAAAAAUAGCGGCGCAACAGGUGCAACGGAGGCUGACAAACACCUCCAAUUUCUGACGGGGCUCAUCCCUGGAGCCCAAAAACCGGGAAACCACGAAGAAAACCCGGCCCUGGAGCCCACCUGCCGCAAACGUCGUGCCGAAGUAUCGCACGACAUUCCCGCAAAGCGCCCAGCCGCCGGCACCUCCGACAGCGCACCACGAGUGCGCACCCAGCAGAAGGCGACACGGAAGGGGACCAGGAUCCCUCCUGACACCGACGAAGGCGGGUUUAGGAAGCCCACGAGGAAGCACACAGCUAGGGCAGUCGUGCUAGCAGCAGCAGCAGACGGCGCAAUCACCGCCAACCGCUACAGAGGCUGCCAGGCCUUCAAGAGAGCAGCAACCGUGGGACGACCUGCGCCCUCCAGGCCUGUGCAAGUGGGCAAAAGUUUUGCGGCGGCUGCCGCCACAUCCGCGGCACCGACUUCGAGACCGGCCCAGAGACAGCUCGCACACCCCUCGGACGUCCAGGGGCGCGGACGGCGGAGAGAGCAGCCAGCGCCGGCCGGCGUAGCACCAGCAGCAGAAACCACGGCAGCCAGGGCUGAAAAUCGGCGCGGCAAAGACGGAGGACGGCCAAACAACGCCCCUGCCGUUACGACGCCCGCCGAGCGAGCCCUGCCUCCACCGACGCAGACGACAGAGACGCCAGCUGCGCCCAGCGAAGCUGCAGAGCUGCGUGAAAUGCUGCGAGAAUUCGAGCAGCUCAUACUGCACCUUCCGCAUCUGCCCUGA